GCCGGCGAGCGCUUGGCACUCUCUCUCUUUCUCUCGUUCUCGACCGGGUCGCCCGUAUCGUCGGUUCCCCGAGAACGUCCACGCUGAUACCCGAACAUUUCUCGGCGGCUGUGUGUGUGGUCCCCCCGGUCUUCUCCCGGCCGACGAGUCCUGUGCGGUCGGAGAAAAAGGGCACGGCGACUGUCGCUGAGGGGGGCGCAGGACGGCUGACUUUUCCGCAACGAACGAAACGACCUUGUUCACACUUGUCCCCAAAGUCUCCGACCGUCGGCGCUGGUGACCGUGGUAGGUGGUAAGGUGGAGGUCGACGGAAGGUUUCCGUAGCGCGACUCCGACUCGGCAUUCCGGCCGGUGAGAUAAUCAGCCGACCGGACCCUACUGUGGAGGACGCGCGGAGACUUCGACGACCGAUACGGAGGAUGUCACGCUCCAUGGACCACCCUGGCUGCCGCGGCCGUCGCCGUGUCGCGGUGGCGAUGAUCCCGCCGGCGGCCCUGCGGUGAGAGAGCGUCGCGUGUGCGCGAAACCCUCCCUGUCUCGUGUUACCGACGACCUAGUGAACGACGGUAGUAGUGUGACUCUCUCGACGAGUGUGUCAUUGGCGAGUCAAUGAGGCUUCUCCAGGGACGUGGAACGACGUUGGUUCCCAGCGACAACGGAACGUAGCUGACGCGGCGAGAUUGACCGGUUUCCUCGAGUGAUGAUCGCGGAAGGGGGAGGUCACCUGUUGUUAUUGUUGUUCUUGUUGUGUUGUUGUUAUUGAGUCGAUCGGCGGACGUGUGGUUUACUCGAGGUAGCGAGGCAGCUUUUAGAGACGAUCGCGGUUAUUCACGGGCGACGAUACCCUAGCGUUUGGUGUUUGCGUUCUCACUCUCUGUCUUAUACAUUUUCGCGCGACGCUCGUGGGGAGUUGUAUCACUCACGGAUUAAUGCACGCCGGAAAUCACAGCAUGGAAGACAUAAGCGUCACGCUGACUAGUACAACCGCGACGAGCACGAACACGGUCCAUCCUAGUGUAAAUGACGUGGACUGGUUCGCCGGUGUCGCCGAGGAGGACUGGUUGUAUUAUACGAGCGUCAGCAAUGACGUCGAUUCCUUGUGGGCUGUUAUCGGGAGCUUUGUACCGCCACCACCUAGGCCACCGUAUGUACCCGAAGAUGCCAUCGCCACCGACGGACUUACUACCUGUGACCUGUGUUCCUGGGCACUGAAGCAUAACAGGCAUUCGUUUUCGUUGGAUGGCACCCUCGAAGGACGUGGAGAAUAUGGAUGGGUGUUGACUCUAGUGAUAGUCUCCUUAGUAUCGGCUGGUAUCGGAGCAGUGGCGAUGAUGAUCUACUCCCACUGUCGAAGGAUAGUGAACGGUCGUGGCAGAGCUAGCUGCUGUGGCGUCGGUACGGAGGACUCCAGCGUACCCGAGGCCGGUGGGCCCGCGGGGGCGGGUGUUGCAGGCGGCGGGGUGGCCGUCAUACCCGAUCGGCCGCCUCUCGAAUUAGACAAAUUACCACCUUAUCACGACGUAGCGCCUAGUCCAGGGCACAACGUGUGGUCAUGGCUGGGUUCUCGGCGAGGCGGCGGCACACCGGGAGUCGUCACGACGCCGCUCUCCCUUCCGCAGCAUCGACGAGCGAUGAAUCUCCCGGUCGAGAAUCACUACACCCACAUGCAAACUGACGAGGCGCUGUACGCUGAACUGGACUCUCAGGCCGCGAGCUAUGCGAGCGAUCUGCAGUUACAAAUGAGAGGAAGCUCGACGUACGGUACGACUUCCGGCGGCCAGGACGACGAAUAUCACGAGCUGGAUGCUGCGAGAUUACAUCGUCAUUACGGGGGCAGCGACGGUUCGUUGCAGACCGACACACUUCGCACUCGGCACAGCAAGAGGAUACAAGAGCCGGACUACGAGAUGUACGAGAACGGCCCGUCGACGCCGGUGCCGCCGGGUCAGCAUCAUCAUCACCACCAUCACCAUCACCACAAUCAUCAUCAUCAUCAGCAUCAGGAGCUGAGGAUCGGCGGCAGCAGGAACAGCGAGCAUCCCUCGUACCAGAACACAGCGUACACCGGAAGCGACGCCGAGCCGGACGGGCCGACGUUGAGCAGCGCUCCCAGCAGCGCUUACUAUAGCGAUCUCAGUUCGAACUCGGCGAAUCAGCAGAUACCGACCGCCGCGGUGUCGUCGUCCGCGAUGACGACAACGACGACGACAACGGCAGCGGCGGCAGCGGCGGCGGCGGCAGCGGCGGCGGCGGCGGCGGCGGCGGUGGCAACAGCAACGGCGACGACGACGACAAACCUGCACCUGAGUCCGCAGAGUUUGGACACGUCGCAAUACAGAUUGGCGGCGAUUAACGAGAACACGGUGCCUUCGGAUUAUAUUUAAUUAAUAUUUAAAAAAGGAAAUGUGUAUGUGUGUAAAGUUGGAGAGGAAAUACGAUAUGAACGAUCGCCACUGGGAGCAAGCUGCGUUCAUCUCCCGUGAACGAGAAGAGUAUUGGUGCGGCUGCAACAAUUCGACGCUCUUCCUCUUUGCGGAGGACGACAGGAAGUCUCUUGGGUCUCUCUCUUGGGAGAUAAGAAUGGGGGGAAGGGGAGGGAAUGAGAGCACAGACAAAAGGCCGUUGAGAUUUCUCGUCGCUGUAACGUGACUCGGAAGUUGCCUUUCAAAAACGAUGUUUCACGGCUCGCAAGUUUUGUGAGCCGUGCAAGCGGAAUCGAGCUCGAGGAGCGUUCGCGUUACGUUGGAGCGGAGCGUUGUCGCUUAACCCGGCGAAUGCGCCAGAGACCGGUUCCGGAUGAAAUCGAUUUCUUGCUCGGUGACGCUCCACUUGUCCCUUUGUCGCCACACUUUGCGGUCCUGUUAAGACAAUCGACUUUCGCGACACGCGAAUCGACAGCUCAAGCGUCGCGAAUCGAUCGGUAGCGGCGCGCCAGUCUCUCCCGUCGCUUUUGCGCGCUAACAAAAUAGCCGGCCGUUGCUCGAAAUUUUUCUACGAACGCAAGACAAGCGGAAGAGGGACUGGUUGGCAGGUAAGUGACCGGAGCGAAUCGUGUCACUGGAAUCGAUGCACGUGAAAACACUCGCGCGACAAGGACGGGGUGCGAUUUUCGCGGCCUGCGACGACAGGUCUCAGCGUCGUCCGUCACCGUGAAAUCGCGGACGUGCGUUCAUGUGUGAACGUGUGAUUGUGUCAGUUAAAAGUACCGGUAAAUUCGCGCGCACGCUUCCUCCUGACAUCCGUCGCAGCCACACGGAUAUUGCGCGUGACUACGUGCCGGCUCAAGGACUGUAUUCUUGAUGUACACGGAAAAAAAGAUUGGAUUAUAACGAAAUGUCUAAUGAAAUAUGGGCGAACCUGUGGAAGCUAUCAGAAUUCUGUUCAAGUUAACAAAUUUUUGGUUAAUCAAAUAUAAGACUUCUGAUUAACCAGAAAUCUAGUAACUUCAACCGGAAUUUCUAGCUCGUUUAUGUUUCAUUAGACAUUGAUUAGAUUUACGUAUUCAGCGUUUAAAUACAUAUAGAAAAGAAGUUUUGUUAAUUGAUCCAAAUUUUUUUCCGUGUGUAUGAGUGUUAAAUACGUCCUUUUGAUUCUUAAAGUAAAAUAACUUUAUACAGAACGCUCGUAUACGAAUCAUGGAAUUCUGAAUUAAAAGGGUGUAUUUGAGUAGUAUUUUAAUACGCAUCGAGAAUAUAGCUCCAGACGCUCGGUUUACACUCGGUACCAUGACGCAAAAACAUAAUGACAUAAUGACGUAAAGAAGCACACAUUAUAGUUUCUAAUUAACUGUAACAUAAUUAAUGUAAAUUAAUACCGUCUCGGAC